CGUGUUUGUAAAAUAUUUAAAAAACCAGUCUUAGACUUUAAAAUAUAUAUAAAUAAUGAGCAAAAACUUAGAUAGUCAUAUUUGUGAGUGCAUUGUAACGGACAUCAUGAAGUGUUUAAUUUUGCUUAUUGGUGUUUUAAUGGUUAAUGGGGAAGCUCCAGUAAUCCCCCAUAAAAUUUAUGGAAUUCCCGACAAACUUAUUUUGGAUCCUUUUACUAUUCAAUCCUUAAUUCCGGAAGAGCCACCAAAACCAGCUGUUGUAUAUGGAGUACCAGAAGUAGUAAAACCUAUAGAAACGUAUGGAGUACCAACUGAAAAGUUUGUCGAACAUGUUAAACCAGCUGAAGUAUAUGGUGUACCAAUUAAACCAACCCCUGUGGUCGUCAACAAAUAUUCGUACUCAAUUCCAGAAAUACCGAAACCUGCAGAAACAUACGGUGUACCAAUUGAAAAAACUGUGGAACCGGCAAAACCAGCUGAAGUAUAUGGGGUGCCAAUUCAGCCUGCACCCGUUGUUGUCAACAAAUAUUCGUACACAAUUCCCGAAGAAGCACCGAAACCUGCUAUUGUUUAUGGAGUACCCGAAAUAGUGACCCCCGUGGUCGCCAACAAAUAUUCGUACUCAAUUCCAGAUGUACCGAAACCUGCAGAAACAUACGGCGUACCAAUUGAAAAAACUGUCGAACCAGCAAAACCAGCUGAAGUAUAUGGCGUGCCAAUUCAGCCUGCACCUGUUGUCGUCAACCAAUAUUCGUACACAAUUCCAGAAGAAGCACCGAAACCUGCUAUUGUUUAUGGAGUACCCGAAAUAGUGAAACCUGCAGAAGUAUACGGAGCACCCAUUGAAAAACACAUUGGACCUGUCAAACCGGCUGAAGUCUAUGGUGUACCUCAACAUUCAGAACCCGUUGUUACUAAAUUUUCUUACUCCAUUCCGCAAGAAGCUCCUAAGCCCGCUAUGACUUAUGGUGUUCCAGAAGUAAAAGCGCCACAACCAGAAUAUGGCAUCCCGUUUGAAACUUAUGGCCCACCGAAGAUAGGCGUCUAAUGUAUCCAAUGUGACACUGUUUAUUUGUUAAAUGUAUAUAAAAUAUAAUUUAUUAUUUUUAUAAAAAGUAUUGUUAUAUUUUUGCAAUUGUUAAA